AUGGCAAUCGACGAAAAGGUCCAAGACCACGCCUCUCACUACGAUGAUGUCGAACUUUCUGAUACUGAGGCUCCUCGCGAGUCUGAAAUGUCGAUCGGUCGCUACUUCGCAACCAGACUGUCGACGCUGAAACCGCCAAUGGAGAAGCUUGAAAACCCGAUAACUCUGCUCAGAAUGCUCAACAGGAAACAAUGGCUGUUCUUUUGGUGUGCUUUCUUUGCGUGGACGUGGGAUGCAUUCGACUUCUUCACGGUAUCUUUGACCGUGUCGGAUCUGGCUAAGAGCUUUGACCGUUCGAAGAAAGAUAUCACAUGGGGAAUCACACUGGUCUUGAUGUUUCGAUCUGUUGGUGCUAUUACCUUUGGUAUUGCCAGCGAUCGUUAUGGAAGGAAAUGGCCUUUUGUGGUUAAUAAUCUCCUCUUCAUCGUUCUCGAGCUCGGUACGGGAUUCUGCAAUACCUACAACCAAUUUCUCGCGGUACGCGCGCUCUUUGGUGUCGCAAUGGGAGGUCUGUAUGGGAACGUAGCGGCGAUGGCUUUGGAAGAUUGUCCGGAGAAGGCGAGAGGUCUCAUCUCUGGAAUGCUGCAACAAGGCUACGCUUUUGGGUACCUUUUGGCCACAGUUUUCGCCCGAGCACUGGUCAACACGACACCUCAUAAGUGGCGUCCACUUUACUGGUUCGGCGGCGCAGUUCCGGUCCUCAUCAUCACCUUCCGUCUCUUCUUGGGCGAGACUGAUGCUUAUAUCGAACGCAAGCGGGUUCGAGAAUCUGGAGACAAUGUUGGCAAGACAUUCAUCAAAGAGGGUCAAGUUGCGCUUAAGAAACACUGGGUGCUCCUUUGCUACAUGGUGCUUCUGAUGGCAGGCUUCAACUUCAUGUCGCAUGGUUCGCAGGACUUGUACCCGACCAUGCUAGAAAAUGAAUACGGCUUUUCUGCCAAUGCGGUCACGGUUACGCAAGUCGUGGCUAACUUGGGAGCCCUCAGUGGAGGGACGACUGUCGGCUACUUGUCACAGACGCUCGGACGACGCUUCAGCAUCAUUGCCAUGUCCAUCUUGGGAGGAGCGCUACUUUACCCCUACUCAUUCGUUGGCAAUGAGAGAGUCAUGGCCGCAGCGUUCUUCGAGCAGUUCUGCGUUCAAGGUGCGUGGGGAGUGAUACCUAUACAUCUGAUGGAGCUAUCCCCAGGGUCACUCCGGGCGUUUGUGGUGGGUACUUCCUACCAGCUGGGAAAUCUGGUGUCCUCCGCUUCAUCAACGAUCGAAGCGACUAUCGGUGAACGAUUCCCUCUUCCACCGAAGGUCGAGAAGGAUGGUACGAAAGUGCCGCGAUAUGAAUACGGCAAGGUCAUCUGCAUUCUCAUGGGCUGCGUCUAUGCUUAUGUGAUUCUGCUAACUUUCCUCGGUCCCGAGAGACGUGGUAGAAGCAUGUCUGCCGAGCAUGAUGAGGAUCUUGCUGAAGCUGCAGGUCAGGAGGCUAUGGAAGAUGCUAAGCAGCAUGGUCGUCCCUUGAGAAAUGAAUCAAAUGGGGAGGUCUGA